GAGCCUAGCCCGGCGGGCAGGAAAGGGCGGGCUCGGCGCCGCCGCCCGUGCUCGCUUCUGCCGUAGGUGUCGGGUGGGGGCCGCGCGUGACCGGCAUGAGCGCGCUCCCGGGCCAGUGACCGAGUCGGGGAUGGACUGCGGCUCCGUCGCGGCCGAGAGGCCGAAGCACCCGUCCGUCCGCCGGCGGCCGCUGUUCCUCCUGGCCGCCGGCCGCGCUGGAGGCCCGGGCGGCCGCGGAAUUCCCGCGCGCCGCCUCCUGCCCGCGCUCCCCGGCGGUCCGGGGGCGCUGCGCCCCGGCGCUCAGGCGGCCCGCGGCGGCGCGGCACGUGCCUCCCCGCUGCUCCUCCUCCUUCUGGUGCCCUGCCCGCGCCGGGCGGCCGCGGCCCCGCGUCGGCCGCCGGCGGACUGGGAGCGUCCGCGCGCCGGGCCCCCGGCACCCCCGGGACCCCCGGCCGGGCGCGGCGGCGUGUGGAGAAGCCAGCCGGGCCUGGCCCCAGGCCUCGCGGGUGCGGCGGGCGCGCUCCCCCGGUGCAUCGGCCGGGUGGCCGCCCUGGCGUCCUCCAGGAGAGGUCCCGUUUUGAACCACAGUGUCCUUUGCUUCCUAGAGCUGAGCCUCUGCGCUGGGAGCCUGCAGCUGGACAGCAGAAGGAGAGAGUUCACCUCUUCCGGGGACAGGAAGCGCUACUUCGACACCCAUGCCUUAGUGUGUGUGCUGGAGGAGAAUGGGUUUACUACUCAACAAGCAGAAGUCAUUGUAUCUGCCUUGAUCAAGAUCAUGGAGGCCAACAUGGAUAUCGUCUACAAAGAUAUGGUCACCAAGAUGCAGCAGGAGAUCACUCUUCAGCAAGUAAUGUCUCAGAUCGCUAACGUGAAGAAAGAUAUGAUUAUUUUGGAGAAGAGUGAAUUUUCAGCCCUCAGAUCAGAAAAUGAGAAAAUAAAACUUGAGCUCCAUCGGUUAAAACAGCAAGUAAUGGAUGAAGUGAUCAAAGUCCGAACAGAUACCAAGUUAGACUUCAAUCUAGAAAAGAGCAGAGUGAAAGAACUGUAUUCGUUAAACGAAAGGAAGCUGCUGGAAAUAAAAACAGAAAUGGUGUCACUGCACGCCCAGCAGGAUCGGGCCGUCACGCAGACAGACAGGAAGAUAGACACCGAGGUUGCUGGCCUUAAAACCAUGCUUGAGUCACACAAGCUUGAUAAUAUUAAAUAUUUAGCAGGAUCUGUAUUUACGUGCCUAACAGUAGCUCUGGGAUUUUAUCGCCUGUGGAUAUAAUAAAAUGUCUAUUUAAAGAGCA